GCCCGGGGGUGGGCGAGGGGUCUUCUGCCCGCCCUCUCGGGGACAUGAAGGUGGGCUGGCCGGGCGAGGGCCGCUGGCAGGCCGGCUGGUCCGACGGGCGCCGAGCAGGAGGAGCCGGGGGGCUCCCGGACGUGGUGCCCGCGGGCACGCUGCUGCUGGCCAUGGCCCUCCGGAGGGUACCCCGGCCCCGGACGAAUUCCUACGAGCUGGAGCCGGAGCGCGGGCCCCCGCCCGGACGGAUCCAGGGCUUGCGCUGGACGCCGCUCAACGACAACGACGAGACCCUGAACUCUAGCCCGGGCCUGGCUCAGGCCACUGUCCUCCGGGCAGCGAAGCUGCUCUACGGUCAUCUGCUGGACACCUGCCCGGCCCUCGUCCGGGACCGCAAGCACCACCUGAGGCUCUACCGGCAGUGCUGCUCGGGCCGGGAGCUGGUGGACGGGCUCUUGGCCACCGGAUUCGGCAUCCAGUCCCGGAGCCAGGCCGUGGGCAUCUGCCAGGUGUUGCUGGAUGAGGGGGUGCUCCACCACGUGAAAGACGACUGGCACUUUCAGGACCGGGAUGCCCAGUUCUACCGCUUCUCCGUGCCGGAGCUGUGGGGCCUCCCCGGGGAGGUCCCAGGGGGAAAUCUGGGGGGUGAGCGGGAGGCCGAAGAGCUGGCCGAGGCCAUGGGCCUGCUGUCCCAGCGGGGAUCCGACGCCCUGCUGACCAUGGCAUUAAGGAAACCCCUCGGGCAGCGCUCAGAUGAGGAGCUGGAGCUGAUCUUUGAGGAGCUCCUGCACAUCAAGGCUGUGGCGCAUCUCUCCAACUCGGUAAAGCGGGAACUGGCUGCCGUGAUGCUGUUCGAGUCACACCGCAAGGCUGGGACCGUGCUGUUCAGCCAGGGAGACACGGGCACCUCAUGGUACGUCAUCUGGAAAGGAUCGGUCAAUGUGGUGACGCAUGGCAAGGGCCUGGUGACGACCUUGCACGAGGGCGAUGCCUUCGGGCAACUGGCGCUGGUGAACGAGGCCCCUCGGGCGGCAACCAUCGUGCUGCGGGAAGACAACUGCCACUUCCUGCGUGUGGACAAGCGGGACUUCACCCGCAUCCUCAAGGAUGUGGAAGCAAAAACCCUGCGGCUGGAGGAGCAUGGGAAGGUGGUCCUAGUGCUGGAGCGGGAGCCCCAGGGCACCGGACGUGGACGGCCUGCCCCACCUACUCCCAACCGGUAUACAGUGAUGUCCGGGACCCCAGAGAAAAUCCUGGAGCUGCUGCUGGAGGCCGUGCGCCCGGACUCCUGUGUCCAUGACCCCACAGACACCUUCCUUGGAGACUUCCUCCUCACACACGGCAUCUUCAUGCCCAGCACCCAGCUCUGUGCCGCUCUGCUACACCACUUCCACGCGGAGCCGGCCACGGGCAGCGAGACGGACCGGAGCCUCUACGUGGGCCACAGGAGGCAGCGGAUCCUGCACCUGGUCAGCCAGUGGGUAGCUUUGUAUGGCCCCAUGCUGGACGCUGACCCCGCCGCCCCAGCCUUCCUGCAGAAACUGUCAGAACUGGUCAGCCAGGACGCACGACUCUGCCAGCUGCUGAGGGAGCAGGGACCUGAGAAGCGGCGGCCCCGGGGGUUGGAGAAUGGCGGCGGUGGAAAUGGCUCCUCCCAGAUGAAGGCUGGGAAUGGGUCGAUCUGGUUCCCAGGCCUGGACGAAGCCUCUCCCAGCGGCUGCCUGGCCAUCCGAGCCCAGGAUAGAGUGCCCUAUGCGGUCUGCCGGCCGGACCACGAGGUGCUGACGGUCCUGCUGCCUGUCACGGCCUCGGCGAGGGAGGUCACAGCCGCCGUGGCCCAGGUGGACAGUCGGACUGGGGACCCGGUGCUGGUCAAAGUCAACUCCUCUGGGGAGGUGGUGAAGCUCCCACUGGAUGCCCGGGGAGUGGCCUCCUCCCUGGGCCUCAAUGAACGGCUCUUCCUGGUCAGCGCUCAGGAGCCCGCCGUGCUGACCCCCCACCCAGACCAGCUGGGCCCUAACGUGGGGUCAGCCGAGCUGCUGGACGCGGUGAGCUCCCGGGACCUGGCCAGCCUGCUCAGCGAGUACGACUGGGGUCUCUUUCACUGCGUCCACCAGGUGGAGCCGAUCCUGUACGUGCAGGGGCCCCAGCGGCUCCGAGACAUCACCACCGCCAAUCUAGAGCGGCUCAUGCGCCGCUUCAAUGAGCUGCAGUACUGGGUGGCCACUGAGCUGUGUCUGUGCCCGCUGCCCGCGGCCCGGGCCCGCCUGCUCAGCAGGUUCAUCAAACUGGCAGCGCACCUGAAGGAGCAGAGGAAUCUGAAUUCCUUCUUUGCAGUCAUGUUUGGACUCAGCAACUCAGCCAUCAGCCGUCUCGCCCGCACCUGGGAGCGGUUGCCCCACAAGGUUCGGAAGCUGCACUCGAGCCUCGAACAAUUACUGGAUCCAUCCUGGAAUCACCGCGUGUACCGACUGGCCCUUGCCAAGCUGUCCCCACCCAUCAUCCCUUUCAUGCCCCUUCUCCUGAAAGACAUGACCUUCAUCCAUGACGGGAACCGCACCAUGGUGGAAAAUCUCAUCAACUUCGAGAAGAUGCGCAUGAUGGCCAGGGCUGUGCGAAUGCUGCAUCACUGCCGGAACCACAGCCAGGCACCCCUCUCGCCCCUUCGGAAUCGACCCUCUCCCAACCGCGAGGAGGCCAAGGCCAUGAGGAUCUCCACAUGCACGGACCAGGCCCCAAGGGCCCACAGCCCCGCCACCGCCUCUGCGUACUUGCAGAACUUGCGGGUCAUCGACAACCAGCGAGAGCUGUCCCGCCUCUCUCGGAAGCUGGAGCCCUGACCCAUCCAGCCGGGAACGGCGGUACAGCUGGGAAAGGGGAGGGCACGUGUGGAGGGUCAGCGGGCCCAGCCGGGGGCAGCCCGGAGGAGGCCAUGGAUGCCGGCCCUGUGUGAAGAGCCGGACAGAAGAGGGGAGGACUCACGGUGGCCGGAGCGGGCGGCUGGCUGGAACUGACCGCACUGCCAUGACGGUGCCUGGCGGGACCCUGGGACCAAGCAGCUGGGCACUGAGGUCCAGGGGCGCCGGGGAG